AAUGACAAAAACUAUUCUCAGCAACGACGAAAAUCACGAAAUAUUGGGAGAUAAGCACUAACCGGGAAAGGAAACUGAAAACUUCAUGGUCAGAUCAGACCCCGCCACAUAUAGUUUCGUUUCCUCUUUAUCUUUUUUCUCAAGUCUCGUUUUCUUUCUCUUUCUCAACUUGUUUCCCCCUCUCUUAUUACCCUUUCAAACAUCCAGCAGAAUCUAUAUAUAUACACGCAUUCCCUUUUCUUCAUGGCCUUUAUUAUAUUCACAUCUCUAAAGUCUUCUUGUUCUUGUUUGAUAUAGUGUAGUAAAGGUCUCGUCUUUGAGUCAAUGGAGACUGAAUUGAAGAACAACCACCAGGGAGGAGGACUGAAGAGACUUAGAUGUUCAGUUCAAAACUAUGAUUGGGGUAAGAAAGGGACAGAAGGGUCCGAGGUUGCAAGGCUUUAUGAAUUGAAUUCCGGGUAUGAUAUAGCAUUUGAAAAGAAGAAGCCUUUUGCUGAGUUUUGGGUGGGUACACAUGGUUCUGGGCCUUCUUUUGUGGUGGAAGGUGGCGUGGAGAAUGGGGACUCAAAUGGGUCUGGGAGUUUGAGUUUGAAAGAAUGGAUUUGUAAGAAUCCUAAUGUGCUCGGUGAUAAGGUUUUGGAUAAGUGGGGUUGUGAUCUUCCUUUCUUGUUCAAGGUGCUUUCUGUGGCAAAAGCUUUGUCAAUUCAGGCUCAUCCAGACAAGGAAUUGGCGAAAGUUCUACACAAGUUGCAUCCAACUCUUUACAAGGAUGACAAUCAUAAGCCCGAGAUGGCUUUGGCUGUUACAGAGUUUGAAGCCCUCUGCAGUUUUAUCAGCCUUGAGGAGCUUAAAGCUGUGCUUCGAGAUGUUCCUGAGAUCGUAGAUCUGGUUGGCAGUGCAGAAGUAAACCAACUCUUGCAAAUCAACGAGCAAGAUCAUGCGGAAAAAGUAAAAUCUGUUCUGAGAUCAGCCUUUACCCAUCUCAUGUCAGCAAGCAAAGAGAUGACAGCUGAAGUAAUAUCCAAAUUAAAAAGCAGAUUGUAUACGGAAAGCGAGACAAGGCAGUUGACAGGAAAGGAACAGCUGGUCUUGCAGUUAGAAAAGCAAUAUCCAGCUGAUAUUGGUGUCAUAUCAGCCUUCUUUCUUAAUUAUGUGAAGCUCAAUCCUGGUGAAGCUUUGUAUCUCGGGGCAAAUGAACCCCACGCAUAUCUACAUGGCGAGUGUAUUGAAUGUAUGGCAACCUCAGACAAUGUUGUGCGGGCUGGUCUUACGCCCAAGCACCUGGAUAUCCAAACUCUCUGCUCCAUGCUCACAUACAAACAGGGCUUCCCUGAAAUCUUAAAAGGAUUUCCAUUGAGUCCAUAUAUAACAAGAUACCUUCCACCUUUCGAUGAAUUUGAGGUUGAUCGCUGCAUACUUCCAAGAGGGGCAUCAACAGUAUUUCCCGCGAUUCCAGGUCCUUCCAUUUUUCUUGUCGUGGUUGGUGAGGGUACAAUGUGCACAGAAUCAUCCAAAGAUGUAGUUAUGGAAGGAGAUGCCCUUUUCGCACCUGCCAACACUGAGAUUAGCGUAUCAACUCCAUCUGAAUUGCAUCUGUAUAGGGCUGGAGUGAAUAGCAGAUUCUUUCAAAUCUUGUGAGUCGGUAUACACGACAGCUCUCUGUUCUAGGAUUGAUUCAGUUGUCAUGCCUUCUACUAUUUAUUUUCAAGAUUAUAUUUACUCGUGUAUUGCAUUAUAUAUAACAUGGUAUUCUAACUUAUCGUGUAAAUGCAACUAAAAUAUAGUAUAAGUUAUAGUCAUGAUCAUA